AUGGCUUCGUACGGUUACCAAGCGCCCCAUGCUGCCUCUGGCAGGCCAGCCCAGCACCAACAUGCCGCCUACGCAGCUCCGAUGCACAUGGGCCCGGCGGCGCCUCCGGGAACAUUUUCCCCUGGCACCAAGAUCCAGGUCGGGAGCCACCGGGUUGUCAUACAGAAGUACCUUUCCGAGGGCGGUUUCGCCCACGUCUACCUCGUCAAACUGCCCCAUCCCAUCGACGGCACCGACCUGGCCGUCCUCAAGCGAGUUGCCGUUCCCGACAAGGACACCCUCCGUGGCAUGCGGACCGAAGUCGAGACCAUGAAGAGGCUCAAGGGGCACCGGCCCAUCGUCACAUACAUCGACUCGCACGCCUCCGAGAUGAGGGGUGGAGGCUACGAGGUCUUCUUGCUGAUGGAGUACUGCAACGGCGGGGGGCUGAUUGACUUUAUGAACACGCGAUUGCAGCAUCGGUUGACGGAGCCCGAGAUCCUCAAUAUCUUCACGGAUGUCGCCGAGGGCGUGGCGUGCAUGCAUUACUUGAAGCCACCGUUACUGCACCGCGAUCUCAAGGUCGAGAACGUGCUGAUUACGAAGUCCGGGAACAGCAAGAGGUUCAAGGUGUGCGAUUUCGGUUCGGCGGCGCCGCCUAAGCCCGCUCCUACGACGGUCGUCGAAUGCCGCUUGAUCGAAGAGGAUAUCCAGAAGCAUACUACCCUGCAGUACAGGAGCCCCGAGAUGGUCGACGUGUACAAGAAUCAGCCGAUUGACGAGAAGUCGGAUAUAUGGGCGCUCGGCGUGCUGUUGUAUAAGCUGUGCUAUUACACGACGCCGUUCGAGGACCAGGGGCCGCUGGCAAUUAUGAAUGCGAGCUUCCGAUUUCCUAGUUAUCCCGUCUUUUCUGAGAGGUUGAAGAAGCUUAUUGCUUCGAUGCUACGCGAGAACCAGCAGUCUCGGCCCAAUAUCUAUCAGGUUCUCCAAGAAGCAUGUGCGAUGCAAGGUCGCAAGGUGCCCAUUAAGGACAUAUACGCGGAGAGCGCAAAGUCGGCGACACAAUCUACCUCCCACUCAGGUUCUAACGGAUCUAGACCGCAAUCCACGCCGGUCGUGGGUGCUACUUUCUCACCUCCGGUACAACAGCAACAGGUAAUACCAGACGUCGUGCCUAUGCGAAGAGGCCGGCCUCCGGCAGCAACGCCUGCGCCUCAUCUCCAACAGCAGAGCCAGAAAAAGCCGGAUCGAUCUCCCCAAAGAGUCAAUGGCGAUCCGUUUGCCGCACUCGAUUCGAAUAAGGGAACCGGAAAAGCAGAUGAGCUGUCCUCGCGCUUCCCAACUUUGGACCAAUUCGACCUUUUCCACACUAAAGGCAUGAAGUUCGACUUUGACUCGCCGCCGUCACCAGCUCCAGGGUCCGAAGAUCUAAGGGACCGUGUCUCCGAAAAAUUGGCCGAUGAGGCUUUCGCUCUUCCUAGGGGUAGUCCCCCGAAGGUUGCCGAUGUACCGAAGCCGGCUGCUAGCACUCCCCCCGUCGCUCAGUCUCAGCCACGACCGCCGUCCAUGGUCAUCAACUCGAAGAAGUCGUCCUCGGGUCCUCCUAAGCCUGCCGAGAUGAGCCGCGCCCAGGCCAUCAUUACGAGCAACCCCAAGCUGCAGGCGAUAUCUACUAAGUCAAACUACGUGUCGACGGGCACCAUGACCACACCUCCCCGUGAAGAGUCGGCGCACAGAAGCACGCCUCCAAUAUAUCGAUUCCCGCCCGCCGACCAGAAGCCGCCUGUGAAUGUCAGUGGUAUACUGGAACCUAGCUCUACUCCCCAGGGCUGGGGCAGGCUAGACGAUAGGUCAUCGUCUGCCACUAGACCUGCGACCGUGCAGCCGUCCGGGCACGCGCGCCAUCCAUCAUCUUCACGGCCGUCGCUCGAAGGAAGCCGCCCUCCAGCUGAUCUCCUUGAUCUGUCGGAGGUGCCCCACCGUAGCACCCUCGGAGAUAGGCCACGUCCGUCUAGCACACACCUCGAGUCUAACCUAGACUUCCUCCGCGAACGAGAAGCUGCCAAGUCGCAGAGCUCUCUCCACCAACGGCUACCGAGUUUGAGCAAGACGACGGCGUCUCCCGCACCUGAUCUUAAGACGGAUGCUAACAAUGCCACCAUUGAAUCGAACGUCGACUUCCUCCGGAGCAUGGAAAACGACGAAAAGAAGAAAGACAGGUCCUUGAAGCAUGGGAAGCAUCGUAGCAUUACAUCCAUUUCUGGCAAGAACAUCAUUGCCGGCAAAUUCGGCGACGCCUUUAAGCGAUUCGAGGGCAGCAACCCACCCCAACAACAACAGCAACAACCAUCACAACCACCACAACAACUCCCGCCCGCGCGGACUCCCUCUCCACUACGCAGUCCCGAGCGCACGGCACUCACUCCCAUCGCCGGCUCAGAAGCGACGGACGACCUCACUGACGACGGCCGAAUCCGCGACGACCUGCAAGAGGAGAACAUGACACCUGAGAUGCGCCGCGAAGUCGAGCGCAUGCGCCUCGAGGAGGAAGAGCGGCGCGUCGAGGCCGCGGCGGCCGAGUACCGCCAGCGCGUGACGAAUAAAGAAGGAGGCCAACCGGCUCCGCCUCUUCUUCCGAAAUCGAUCGGCGGGGUUUCGCGUGCCGUGAGCAUCCAGAACCGCGUGCAGAGCCUGCUCAACGAGGAGCAGAAGUCGACGACGAAUAUCCCGCGCACGGCGCAGGGGUACGGGCAUUAUUCGGACGCGGCGGUGACGCAGAGUCAAAUAAAUAAGCAGCUGCCCGAACUGCCGAGGAAACCCGUAGGUUCGAAGCCCACCAGGGUUGUGCAGGCGGCGUCCUCCUCCUCGACUGGUCCUGGAGCCCUCGCCGGAGGUGGGGUGUCUAUCCGCGCCGGGAAGCCUGCUCUUGGGCCGAAGCCCGUCGCGCCAAGGAAACCUACGCACUUGAAUAAUAUCCCUACGGGGGGACGACCUCCGUCGCCUCCUAAACCGGCGAUUUAUCACCAGUCGCAGGUGCCGACUGGGGGGUUCGCGCCUGAUAUGACGCAGGGGCAGAAGGAGGAUUAUAUUAGGGAUUUUUCGAAGAGGUUUCCUAGUUUGGGGGCGCUUGAGAUGGUGGAGAGGGAUUUGAGUGCAGAGGCGAGGAGGGGGAAGUAG